AUGUCCUCUUCAUCCCAAAUCGCCGAAACAUGGAUCUCCUCCUUCUGCAGCAUCCUCGGCCACGAGUACUUCGCCGAAGUGUCCGAAGACUUCAUCGAAGAUGACUUCAACCUCACCGGCCUACAGUCGCAAGUCCCGAUGUACAAAGAGGCCCUCGAAAUGAUCCUCGAUGUCGAACCCGAAGACGACGACGACGACCUCACCGACGAAGAAGACAUCUCCGUCUCCGACGACAUGCUUGACAACGGCGACCGCGGCGCUGCCAAACCCGACGACCCCUAUCGACGAAGUAGCGCCUCCCGACGCCACCAGCACAUGCGCCUCGCCUCCGACCUUUCCGUGAUCGAAGCCUCCGCCGAGCUCCUCUACGGCCUCAUCCACCAACGCUACAUUACCUCGCGCCCCGGCAUCCAACAAAUGGCCGAAAAAUACGAACUCCAGCAUUUCGGCGUGUGUCCCCGCGUGCACUGCGCCGCCGCCAAGGUGCUCCCCGUCGGCACCUCGGACACCCCCGGCGUCGACACCGUCAAGCUGUUCUGUCCCUCCUGCCUCGACAUCUACACGCCGCCCAACUCCCGCUUCCAGAGCGUCGACGGCGCGUACUUCGGCACCACGUUCGGGUGCCUGUUUUUCAUGACCUACCCGGAGGUCGAAGUCGGGAAGAUGCUGCGCGUGCCACCCGUGCUACCCGCAGCCGCUAACACCAUCGCAGGAAACGGCGGAGCCGCCGACCCAGCGAACUUGUCGAGUGGAAACUGGCUCGCAUCCCAAGAACCCACGCAAAUCAACGGUAUCGCUGCCUCGAACCUCGCGCCGGGGCUCGGCCCGGGCAAGACGUACUCCCCGCGCAUCUACGGCUUCCGGGUCUCAGAGCGCUCGCGCGCCGGCCCACGGAUGACAUGGCUGCGGUCCCGGCCGACGGACCUCAGCGAGCUGGACGAGGUGGCGGUGUAUAUCCGCGACGACAGCGAGGAGGAGGGGAGCGAGAUCGAGGAAGAUGAGGGGGGGCUAACCGAACCCGGUCGGGGAAAAAGCAGAGGCGGAAGCGGCGGUAGGGGGGUUUUGGAGUACGAUGGGUACUGGAAUUCGGGGAUGGGGAGGGAUGGAUGGGGAUCGUGA